AUAGUCUAUAUAUUUUAAUACAAAAUUCAAUUUAUUUUGACAACCUACGUUCAAGAACCAGCGCGUGCUGCGCGUCUCGAAAGUUUGCAGGGUGGAACCAUUGGUGGAACUGGAAGAUUGACGUCUGCUCACCCAAACAGCACGGACUUCACGCUGUGUUGAAGGCGGGGCAAUACUCUUUUGACGUUGCCAUGACACUCGUACACAACCUAUUUAGAGAAAGCAAGAAACAUGCCCAUGAGCAGCAGGGUCGUACACAGUUUGGACGAAUGCGGAUGAAAACUCGUACUGGUUGAAAUGAGGGGUUACCUCAAAACUCUAAACUGGGUAUUUAAACUCCAGCCUAAAAGAACUACUAUAGGAACACACAAAGACUCUGACCUCUGUCUGCAGAAUAGUGGGGUAGAUGAGUGUCAUGCCACUAUUGACUGGUGUGAAGCGGACAGCUGCUAUGUUAUUCGUGACUUGAACUCUGCCCACGGGACGUACGUCAAUGACUGCCGGAUACACAAUGCCACUGUGCGCCUCUCUCCGGGAGACCGGCUUCACUUUGGCUAUGGAGGAUCAACCUAUGAGCUCUCCACUGACAGCGAAAAAUCAUUUCCUCUUCUGGGUGCCCAGUCUCCCAUUCCGCAGGCCUGGGUACGAGCUCGGACCCCUUCUGUUUCACCCCAUCCUCCCACCAGACCUCGCCCCAUGAGCGCUGGGUCUAAACGGGGUCCAAAUAAACCUGAUCACAAAACCCAGUCCAGCAGACCAGGAAGCUGGAGUGGUAAUACAGGGAAAGUAUGUUAUUUAAGAAGUAAGACACAACCUCACAAUUCUCAAAUCAUUAACUCCUUGCCAAUGGAGGAGGAGGAGAGGUUGCAUUGGCCCGGAGAGGGACACGUUCAUGUGUCUGUAUGCUUUGAGGAUGAUGUGAUCAUGGCCCUGAAGGAGGAAGUGUCAGCUCUGAAGCUCCAGCUGUCUCAGAAGAAGCAGGGUGAUCCAGAUGGCACACACAGACUUUGCUGCCUGGAGAGUGACAUCAAAGAGAAGAAAGAUCAGAUACAGCAGCUAAAGGAGCAGAUGCUGGAACUUCAGGGACGUUCUGGAGAGAUGCUCAGACAGGCUGUUACUGAGAGAGAUCAGAAGAUACGUAGUCUAUCAGAACAGAUGAAUAAACUGAAGAAUGAACAUAAUUCCUCUACAGCGUUGAUUAGCAGUUUGCAGAGAGAUGUGUCUGCUCGAGAGAAACAGGCUCUUAAACUAGCAGCUGAGGUGGACAAACUUAGACAAGAUGUGAGACACAAAGAAGCCAAGCUCACAAGCAUGAUGGACAAGUUGAAAGACUCCCAGAAGCAUCAGAAUGAGUUACUUUCCAGGAAGAGUGAGGCAGAAUCCCUCAAAAAAGAACAGGCUUCUCUGCUGACAGAGAUAGACAGACUGAAGCAGUUUCAUGAGCAGACGCAGCAAAGAGAACAGAGAUUUCAAGCUGAGCUCAAACACACACAGUCAAGGUUUGACAGUUUUCGUAACCAGAUCGUCAAGACUCUGCGUGUUUCUGACAAAGAAUCAGAUCAAAAGGUGUUGGACUGUUUAUCAGAGCUAAUGGAACAGAUGGAGAUGUACAAAACCAAAGUUCAGGACUUUGAAAUGAAAUUCAAAGAGGAAGAUCACACGCACAGUAAAAUGUUGGAUGAGACCCAGAUAUUUAGAGCCAGACUGCAAGAAUGUCAGAGUCGAGUACAAGAUGCAUGCAUGGCGGACACAGUGAAGAUGGAAAUAUCUGGGCUGCAGGUCAUGAAUUUGAGUCCUGCGCUCAGCUGGGUUCAGGAGCAUUCGCUGUUCUUACUGAACGUCCUGCUCACAGUACUGCAAAAUACUGCAGAGAUGUUAAAUACAGCAGGGGUUGAUGUCUCUUUGAAGACUGGAGGAGUAUCAGGUGCCUUACAUAUUUUAUGCCAGGACCACAAUGACGUCCAAUCAGAGCUCAGGAAACUAAAGUCAGAGAUGCAAAAGCUUCAGGAGACAGAGAUGCAUGGCAGAGAUCUUCACAGCAGGCUGGAGUUCAUGCAAAAGCAGUUUGAGCUGGAGAAACUUCAGGCAGCCGAGGGACACAGAGAGAUGAAAAACACACUAAUGCGACAGCUGGAAGAGGUUAAGGAUGACCUUCGGUUAGUGAGACAAAAUGAGAGUGCCUUGCAGAGGGAGAUAGAGACACGCAAGACUGAGUGGCAAACCAAAUUUGAAGAAGCCAAGAUACGAGAAGCAGAGUUGAAAGAAACACUGCGUGAAUUCCAUCUCAAAGAGGAGAGGAACGAGAAGAUGAAGCAGUGUGAGGAAAGAGAGGCGAAGGCCCUGCAGAGAGAAGCUGAAGAGGAGAGAGAGAAACACAGGGUCGAAGUAGAGGAGUACAGGGAGCAGGUGCGACAGCACGCAUACACCAUUGUUGCUAUGGAAACACGAAUAAACAAGGCUCAGCAGAUUGAGGAAAGAUGGAGAGGGAUUGAUGAGGAGAGGGACUCACUGAAGGACCAACUCAAAGAGGCGCUCGAUAGACUGGAGGGCUUUGAAAGCAACAGCACGUCUUGCACAUCAGAAAAACAGGAAAACUCGGAACUGGAUCAAACCAUAAAAUCCCUCCGGGCAUCUCUGGUCUCAUCCCAACAGGAAGUGGUCAGUCAGAGUGAGAUCAUCAAUGCCUUAAGUUGUGACCUGGCCCAGGCUCAUGCUCGGCUCUCUGACAUGACAGGACAACUAAGUGAAGAGCAGAAGUUGGAGUUGGAGAGUCAUAAAGCUUUAGUUGUAGACCAGAAGAUUCAACUGAGCAUGCUCACACAGAAGCUUACCAUGAUGUCACAACUAGUGGAACAGAAAGAUGAAGUAACAAAGAAUCUGGCAGAAAAACUGAGACAAACUGAGGAGGACCUGAAAAUUAAAGCAGCAGCAUACAGAGAGAUGGAGAACACAAGCCUUGUUCCACUUCAGACCUUAAGAAACACUAAAGAUGUGGCACUCAUGACAGCUCCUAAUGAUGUCAUUAAUCAGGGGUCAAAACACAAAGGUCAUCGCGGUGAGGAAGCGAUACUUCAACAGCAGGAAGGUUUGCGUGACAUGAGGGAGCGAAUCAGAGCUCUAGAACAGAAGUGGCCUAGCAAGCGCCUGAACCAGCAGGGGGAGCCAGAGAAGCAGAGUCGGAUGAAGAGAUCUGCAUCGCAGAGGGGAUCCAUAAGUUCUGUGAGUGCUUUUGGGUUCCCUGAAGCUUUGACCGAGGCAGCACGAGAGCGCACAGCCAGACUGGACAUGUCUGAUGCUCUGGAGCUCAGUGAGAGAACAUACCUAGAGCUAGUGCAAGUGCUGCGUGAGGCUCUGGAGCUAAGUGAUGGUGAGAUGUCAGGUUGUGCUAGUUUAAAGCACAUACCUCCUAAUCAGAGACAGCACAUAGUCUCUAUGAGACAAACAGACCUGGAGAUUGUGAGAACCUGCUUAGAAAAACAGAACUCCCAGAGCCAACAGCAACAACUACUGCUGCAGGAGAACCAGAGAGAAAUACACACACUCAGAGAGAGUCAGGUGCUGGGAUACGAGACACAGGGCGAGCUUGAGAGUGUGAAGGCAGAACUGGAGGCUCAGAGACAAGAAACAGACCAGCUUCGCCAGGCUCUACAGGAAAGCAUCAACCAGCUGCAGAGAAAACAGCAGGAUCGCAGUGCAACCAACAGAAAUAAUAGGGGCUUUAGUGCAGAGAGAACUGGCAGAAGCAGUAGAAGAGUGGGCCAUCACAACUGUAUACCAAAUGAAAGCUAUGAAAAGGCCCCUGCAGUGAAGAAACGGAUUUCACAGAUGAAGCCGAAAGAGAGAGAGAGUGAGGUGAAUAAUCUGAAUAAAGAAAUGGGGCAGAAACAGCAGAUCUGUUCAGUGGUGUCUGAUUUGGUCAGCCCUCUGCGAGCCCCAGAGAGCCCCCAAAUCCCCCUGCUCACUGAGGCCCACUGACAUGGACACAACUUAAGACCACCUAAAAUGAUGUACUGUGGAUUAUUCACACUUGGGUACAGUGAUCAACAUUUUUUAAUAUUAAAUGAUGUUAUAAUAUUUCUUAAUAGUGUCAUUUUAUUAUAG